AUUUAGUCUAGGGCAUUUGGGAUCUCAAACUAUUUAUCCCCGAAGAAAAUGUUCUCCUUGUACUUGUUUAAGACCGAGGGUUUCAGAAAAGGUGGAGACUUUGAUCAAAGCAACGAGGCAAUCUUCACAUUCAAACAGGUUGUUUGAGUUGGUAAUGGUGCUCUGUGUUCAUGAGACGACUGAGAUUAUCUUGAUGAGUUGGAAGUUUCAGCUUCUGAACUGAGGGGAGAUGUUCCAGAGAGCUUCUCACUGUCCUCUUAAUUGUCUUCAUCUUGUUCUUCGACCUUGUUGUCUAAUCAUCACGGAUUGUUGAUGGACACUGAACUCCAGCUAAUGGCUGAGCAAAGGGUUAGGGAAAUUUUUGAUACUAUUCAACCAGCUGUAGUUUCUGACAAGAGAAGGAAGGAUGUUAUUGAGUAUAUUCAGAAGCUCAUUAAUCAUUAUUAUGGAACAGAGACUAUAGAGCUCUUCCCCUUCGGCUCAGUUCCAUUCAAAACAUAUCUCCCCAAUGGAGAUAUAGAUUUGACUGCCAUCACCCAUCCAAAUACAGAGAAAGAUCUGGCCAAAGAUGUCUGCACUAUUCUUGAAGGUGAAAAACCGAAUCCUAAGUUCAGAAUAAGGAAUGUCCAAUAUAUCUGUGCACAGGUUAAGGUUAUAAAAUUCUCAGUGAAUAAUAUAGCUGUGGAUAUUUCAUUCAAUCAGAGGGCAGCAAUUUGUUCCCUCUUUUUCUUGGAGCAGGUCAAUCAACUUAUUGGGAAACAGCAUCUUUUCAAACGCAGUAUUAUCUUGAUCAAAGCUUGGUGCUUUUAUGAAUCGAGAAUUCUUGGUGCACACUGUGGCUUGAUCUCAACAUAUGCGUUAGAAACAUUGGUCUUGCAUGUCAUAAACCUUUUUCAUUCUUCAUUACAUAGUCCUUUAGAGGUUCUGUGUAGAUUUUUGGACUACUAUAGCACUUUUGACUGGGACAAUUAUUGUGUCAGUAUAUAUGGCUCAGUUGCAUUAUCUGCCCUUCCCAAUAUUGUUGUGAAUCCAAAAAAUGAUGGGGAUAAUUUACUGCUCAGUCGGGAAGUGAUGGACAAUUGCAGAGAAGCUUUUUCAGAUUCGGUAAAGGGACUUGAGACGGGCUGUGAAUUCCAUGUUAAGUAUCUCAACAUAUUAGAUCCUCUAAAGGAACAUAACAACCUAGGGCGAAGUGUUAGCAAAGGAAAUUUUCAUCGUAUAAAAUGUGCCAUCUCAUUUGCGGCUAGACAACUUCAAGAGAUCUUCCAGUUACCAGGAGAAAUCAUGGGUCUUGAACUUGAGAAUUUUUUUGUUAAUACUUUGCGUUGGAAUGGGACGGGACUAAGGCCAGAUGCAGUGGUUCCUGUUGCAGUAUUUGGUACUGGAAGAGGCGAGGAAUUUGAUCUCUGUGGAGACUACAACAAUUACUUCACUGAUCCACUGCUUGAUCAUUGGUGUCCGGAUCACUAUGCCCGGCUUGUUCCUAACCAGUCUAAAUCUCCAUCAUUACCUUCUCGAGUUCAGAACAUUUCUGGUACCUUGUACUCGUUGGUGCCUUGUAGAAAUAUUACUACCUAUACUCCUGUCACAGAUGCAUAUUUUUUUGGAUUGCCAGUCUACCAUGUUUAUGCUUCCCAGUUAUUUGCUUUUGGUCCCACCAGUAACAGAAUGUGGAGGUCACGAGGAACAGGCACCUACAUUCCUGCCAUGGUACAUCAUUCUUACAGAGAAAGCCGAGCGCCAACGAGGGUUAGAAAUCAUGAAACUAGGAUUCGUGGUCAGUUGCAGAGGCCACUUCGAAUGGGCGGCAGGGUUGAAAACUCCCCAGAGCUGGCUGAGCGUGAAAACAGCCGCUGUCCUGAUCUUUCAUUGAAUGAAUUUCCAUCUCUUUCAGGCAUCAAUAGAAGCACUUCAUCAGAUGUUCAACGAUCAUGUCAAAGCUCUGUAAACUAUCCACAGGCUGAGGAUCGCUCUAUCCCUGUCCGGAGUAUUGAUUUCGGGACCUCAAAACCUUCAUCCGGACCUGCUAUCUAGCAAAGAAGGAAGAUAAGCCAAGUCUUCUGAACGCUACAAUUUCUACAUCUUGUGGCUCAACAUAGCACCAAAAACAAACCAGAAUUCGAAAAUGGUGAGCGAUUAAGGCAUUUCCUAAAAGUUGUGAACUUUUUUCUUGCUGAUUAUGGGGUUUUUUUGUUUGGUUUUUGGAAAAUGAUGAUGAAUUCCCUUCUCCAUUAUGGACUUGAGUCGAAAAGACUGAAGCCAACAAGCCAUUGUUUUGAGACAGUUUUAUUAGUCCUUUCAGAUUUGCAGAUUUGUUGCUUGUGCUUUGGUCUUUCAAAUUUUUUUCAUUGAAAAGAUUUAUAAUAACGGCACCCAGGGAGGCAGGCAACCCAAGAACAAACCAGGUUAAACGUUAGUAACUAAUGGUCAAACAUGCCGGUAUUGGGUGGGCGGCGCUCUGAAAUCUAACGAACCUUUCAGUGAGCUAUUUGAACUUUACCCCAACACACCAAAAGGUCCAAAACAUUAACAAAGAAGAUUUAGUUCACCAGUUGUCUUUUGCUUCGGAAUCCAAUUAAGCUUCGAACCAGAGCUCAAGGAGAGCCAUAACUGGAACUUGAAUAA